GAUGUAACUUCAGCAUAGCUACCAACGAGACAGCUGUGCGACGGUCUGGUUUUGGAAAAUCCAUUAUCGUCUUCUAUUUCCGUGAAAAGUUUGCUUCUUCGUUCUCAAGCUAAGUGCCGUAGGACCGUUACAACUUUGAAAACUUGAUGCAGCGAAGGGCGUUGAUGAAUGGUAAUGUUUCAACAAUUGAAACGCUGCGCUAUAUCUAUGUCAGUUCAGGUAUUUGGCGCGAUUGCCAGUGCACUUCAAUCGUGCAACUCAUCUUUGUCGUACAAUCUCAUACGUCCUCAGUUUUCUCGGAUACUAGCCUAGUUGUUUCGAAAUGGACCUCAGUAGGCACCAAUCUAAAAGUAGGAAAUCGACAACCUAUAGAGGCAAAGAUCCAAAAUAUCUCUGGUCCUUCUUUCUGA